CGCUUUGAGAGACUGACAGACCCCUGUACUGGUCACCCGAGGACAGAUAGAUACCAGCUCGAAAUACAGUGUCAACUUCCUAGCUCAUACCCGCAUUUUGCAUAAAGAUGUCCGGCUUGGGGAAGCUGCGCGUUGCUGUUAUCGGAGCCGGUGCUGCAGGACUCUGCGCGGCCCGCCACCUUCUCUCCCGCCCGGACACCUUCGCGCCACCUGUAGUGUACGAGCUCAGCAAGAAUAUUGGAGGAACGUGGGUCUAUGAGGAAAGAGUGGGAUAUUACGACAGUGGCUUACCGAUUCACAGCAGCAUGUACAGGGACCUCAGAACCAAUAUCCCCAAAGAGGUGAUGUCUUUCCCUGACUUUCCUUUUGCAAAACAUCUCCCCUCUUUUGUCCAUCACACCGAGGUACGGAAGUACCUUAAGCAGUACUGUGAUCAUUUUCACCUGUGGGACCACAUACAGUUUGGCACCUCAGUGGCUUCAGUGACCCCAGUAGAUGUGAAGGAUGGGUGGAAUGGGUUGGCUUGGAAUGUGAACUCCAACAAUGGUGUAGACCACAGCAAAUCCACUACAGAGCGAUUUGAUGCUGUUAUGGUGUGCAAUGGACAUUUCUAUGACCCCUACAUCCCUGCAAUACCUGGACUGGAAAAAUUCAAAGGUUGUCCCUUCCUUACAUUAUAUAAAACGUUUUUACUUUGCAAAGUAAAUCAAAGGAAUCUGACAUCUUUAAAACCAAGUACCUGUGUACUUGGCAGCAAAAUACCUUUGAAAUGUUCUCAGUUUAUCCUGUCAGUGUUGGAUGGUUCUUUCCGCCUGCCAUCCCGUGAGGAAAUGGAGAAAGACAUUGAGCUGGACAUUACUGCCCGUCGUGCCCGUGGAAUUGCCACCCGCCAUAUCCUUAAACUGGAUUCUGAGCAGUGGGCCUACAAUGAUGAGCUCGCCCGCCUGGGGGGAUUCAAACCCCUCCCACGCUAUUGGAGUAACCUGUACGAAUCCAACAAGGUGUUCCGUGCCCGAGACAUGCUCAAUUACAAGACCUACAACUACACUGUCCUGGAUAACAUGGAAUGGAAGGUGCAUGAUUUGCAUGGCCAGCAGCUGCAGAAGCCUCUGGCUGUUAAAAUACAAAUGUAAGCUGUGAUGGAAAAAAACACACCAUCAUUAAGGUGCUAACAAGCAAUAUGCCAGUGAAGCAAGUACAAUUAGUAUAUUAACAAAUUGUUCAGUACUAAUACGUUUUGCAAUUAUUUUAUAAAAUAUCUAUCCAUACUAUUAUUUUUAUGUGCUGAGCCCACAUAGAAAAAGUCUAAAUUAAAUAUCGUUCUAAUCUUGUUGUUUGACAUAAGCUGCUUUUUAAAUAAUAAAUCAUAAAUUAAUGUAAACAAACAGUAUGCACUUGCAGUGUUUUAAAAUAACAGAACCCAAAGGGACACUUAUAGGGAUUGUUCACCCAAAAAUUUUAAUUUUCACUUUCAUGUUAUUCCA